CAGGAGUCCACUGUCAGCUGAGAUUAAUCUGAGCAGGAGUGAAUUUACGACCAUGGAUCCCAUCUCUCUACCGGUGUUUGUGGCCUUCAGUUUAUUGGUGCAGCACAUUUCGGCCAGCCCCAUUAUGGAUUUGGAGGAACCCUUUGAAGACGACUUCCCUUUGUUUGAUGAAGUUAUGUCAGAACAAGAUGGGUUUGAUUUCAACUCUCUUCUGGAAACCAUGAAAGAUGAUUUUUUGAAAACCCUUAACCUUUCUGGUAUUCCCGUUCAAGCACCGGUCAAGGUAGAGCCACCAGAAUACAUGAUGGAACUGUACAACAGGUUUGCAAAAGAUAGAAGCAGCAUGCCUUCCGCCAACAUUGUCCGUAGCUUUAAGAACGAAGAUUUCUCCAUGUCCUACAGCGAUGUAAUUGGGGUGAGAAAAUACCCUUUGCUUUUUAACAUGUCUAUUCCACACCAUGAGGAAAUGGUAAUGGCUGAAUUGAAACUCUACAUGCUUGUACCAAAUGCCAGGAUGAAGUAUGAUGGUGUGAACAGGAAAGUCACCAUCUAUGAAAUACAUAUUGAACAAGAUGGUACGAGAAAGGCAUCUGAACUGGCAUCUAGGUUGGUCUACAAAACCAAAAGUGAAUGGGAAAUGUUUGAUAUCACAGAGGUGGUUCGACGCUGGAGUAGAUCAGAAUUGACUACUCACAAGUUAGAAAUACAUUUACAAAAUUCAGAUGUUGAUAUAGAAGCAACUGGAGACGGGAACCUAGACAUAGAUAUAAGGCCAGAGACAAAGCAAGAACCACUACUUAUUGUUUUUUCAGAUGACCAAAGCAGUGACCGGAAAGAAGAAAAAGAGGAAUUAAAUGACAUGAUCAGUCAUGAACAGGAACUUGGUCAGGAUAAUGAUAAUCUUGGAAACUUAGGCAAUAUGCCCAGCGAGGAGUCAUUACUGCAGAUGAGAUCCAACAUCAUUUAUGAUGCCAGCUCCCGAAUCAGGAGGAAUGCCAAGGGUAACUAUUGCAAAAAGACCUCACUCUACAUCGACUUCAAAGAGAUUGGAUGGGACUCCUGGAUUAUUGCCCCAUCAGGAUAUGAGGCCUAUGAGUGCCGAGGUGUUUGCUCUUACCCUCUAACGGAACAUGUCACACCAACAAAACACGCAAUAGUGCAGACACUAGUCCAUAUGAAGAAUGCGCAGAGGGCAUCAAAAGCCUGUUGUGUUGCAACAAAACUCGACCCAAUAUCCAUUCUCUACUUGGAUGCAGGAGUGGUUACCUACAAGUACAAAUAUGAAGGCAUGGUAGUGUCAGAGUGUGGUUGCAGAUAG